GUCUUUGGCUGUGUGGGCUUAAACGUGUUUCUAAUGUGCGUGUCAAAUAAUUGCCUGUUAAACAGACUGCCAAUCUGGCUGAAGCCAGUGCUUCUGAAGAGGAUAAAAUAAAAGCUAUGAUGAUCCAGUCCUGCCAUGAAUAUGAUCCAAUCAAUUACAUGAAGAAACCCUUGGGUCCACCUCCAUCAUCAUAUACUUGCCAUCGUUGCAGAAAACCUGGCCACUAUAUAAAGAACUGCCCAACAAAUGGGGACGAAAGUUUUGGGUCUGUUCCCAGAAUGAAAAAGAGCACAGGAAUUCCAAGGAGUUUCUUGGUGGAGGUGAAAGAUCCCAAUACGAAGGGUGUUAUGCUGACAAAAACUGGAAAAUACGCAAUACCGUGUCUUAAUGUUUAUACUAGAAGAAAGAAGGAAAAGCCUCCCUUUUUACCAGAGGAGCCAUCCUCUUCCUCCUCAGAUGAUCCUAUUCCAGAUGAGAUUUUAUGUCUCAUUUGUAAGGAGAUAAUGACUGAUGCAGCUAUUAUUCCCUGCUGUGGAAACAGUUAUUGUGAUGAAUGUAUUAGAACAGCCUUACUGGAAUCUGAGGAACAUAGAUGCCCAAAGUGUCAUCAGACAGGUGUUUCGCCUGAUGCUUUAGUGGCCAACAAGUGCCUGCGCCGGGCUGUGAGCAACUUCAAAAAUAGAGCUGGUUACAGAAAAAGGCACCGUCAGCAGAUUUGGCACCAACAGCAGCAGCAGCUGCCACUGCCGCCACCACCACUCGUGAUUCUUACACCUCCUGCUGCUCUGGUGACUGCUGCUGAACCUUCUACAUAUUUGUCUGUGUCAAUCAGCAGUUUGUUGGAAGAGAAGCCAGCGAGAGCCAGUACAAUUUGCUCAGCAGGUGGCAGACCAGGCUGGGAACUAGGUCCAAAUCGAGGACGCCUGCCCAGUGAAUGUACCCAAAGGACUCAGGCCCCAGCACUACCAGAACCAACACCAGUCUUUGUGCCUGUGCCUCCAGCUCCCUCGUAUCCUCCAGCACGCCAUGCACUUCCUCUUCCACUGGGGGUACCACCACCACCGUUUCCUCCUCAGUUUCCACGUGGUCAGCCUCCAUCUGCUGGGUGCACUGUCCCCCCUCCAGGAUAUCCCCCAGCUCCUGCAAACACGUCAUCAGCUUGUGUUCCAAGAGCAGUACCCAUGUCUCAUUCAAUUACCAUCCCAAGGACACAAGCAUCUCCUUUCUCUAGGGAGGAGUUUUACAGAGAACAACGGAGUCUUAAAGAGGAGGAAAAGAAAAAGUCCAAACUCGAUGAGUUUGCAAGUGCUUUUGCUAAGGAAUUGAUGGAAUGUAAAAAGAUUCCAAAGGAGCGUAGGCAUUCGUUUCCCAGGUCCAAGCCUCCUUAUAGUGCUUCAUCUUACUCUAGAAGUUUCUAUACCUACUCCAAGUCAAGAUCAGAUUCUUCCCCCUCUCGCUCCCCCUCUCGAUCAUUUUGUCGUUCCCAUUUGCAUUCCUACUCGCGAUCGCGGCUGUAUCCAAGAAGAGGCAAAGGGAAGAGUCGUAACUAUUGUUCUAGAUCAAGGUCACCUGGUAAUAGAGCUGGAAAUUACCCUGAAAAAUCUUCUGGAAGAGCGAGCCAUGUCAUCAAAGAUCCUACAAAAUCAAAAGAGAAGGAAGUGGAAUAUCCACAGGGAGAUGGCAAAGGAAAUAAACAUAAAAAACACCAGAAGAGAAGAAAAGGAGAUGAGAAUGAAGGAUUUCCUUCAUUUUGUGAAAAAUCUCCUCGAAUGGAACCUCCUGCGAAAAAAGUGAAGGAGGAGUUGCCAAAGACAGGCAGUGUUGAAACAUCUUCCUCUCAAAAGGGUGAGAAGGUUCUUGGUACCCCACAGAAAGUUCACCCAAAAGUGACAAAAGAUCACCCAGAAACCAGACCAGCCAAGGAGGAAAAGGCAAAGAAAGACCACAAGGAAAAUGACAGUGAGAGUAAUGUAUCUGCAAAAGAUGAGGAAGCUGCAGGAAAAAAUCCCAAAGACCCGAAAGAAAAGUCUGUUGAUAAGGUGAAAGAGGAUACAGCAGCACCUGCUGCAGUUGACCAGCCUGAAGCAAGCAGAAGUCAAAGCCGUCACAGUGUUAGCUGUAGUCAAAGCCCUUCUGAGAGUCAGCCUCGAAGCCACAGCAGCAGUGCCAGCUCAGGAGAGAGUCAAGACAGCAAGAAAAAGAAAAAGAAAAAAGAGAAGCAGCAGCACAAGAAGCAUAAGAAGCACAAGAAGCAUAAGAAACACAAGAAGCAUAAGAAACACAUUGGAAGCGAAGCGGAAUUGGAAAAGAGCCAAAAACACAAACGCAAGAAGGAAAAAUGGAAGGAGAGCAAAGAUAAAGAUAAGCAAACCGUGAAAUCUGUCACUACAUAGAAUGAGGGAUAUUAAAAAAAUGACUUAAUUCCUAAGUCAUCUCUAUUAAAUUUUGUUAAAAUGUAAAUGAAUUCAAGCGUUGCAAAUAGUGACAUGGAAGACCCUGUGCUGCACUUAAAAUAUUGCUGCUUGAUUAUUUGAUUUUUACAUCAGAGCUUUAUAAAAGUGAACAUUUUGAACAGAAUUGUGAGUUGUGGCCACGUAUCAUGAAAGGUUUUGCUGGGGCAUGUUAUUUUUAACCAUUGUUAAUUAGUUUGGGUGGAGUAUACUGCAAAACUUUUCACAGCUGAAUUUUUUUUUAAUUGCCUGGCAGAAGAAGGUGGUACCUGUUAUAAAAUAGCAGCAGCAAAAUGCUUUGCAGAAUACAUUACA